AUGACAGAAAACUCUCAAAAUAGUCACCUGUCCGGCUCUGAAUUCCGGGGCUGUGACCUGAACUUCACGACCCGCAAGGAUGGCAUUAACCUGCGACAUUUCAGGCGGGAAGAAGCUGGACCCUCUGUACAGGAGCUAUCAAACCUCUACGCCACAGUUUUUGAACGAAAAGAAGCACUUUCCCGCUACAUGAACGUCCCUCUGGUGAGCGAUAUUGUAGAGGAAACGCUGAGCAAAGCCUUUAGCCAGCGUCGUCCUUGUCUCGCUACGUCUGACGAUGCUAGAGAGAUAUCUUUAAGUUGGAUUGAUGUCAUCCGACACGCCAGCCCUGACCAGCUCGAAAGUGGCGCGGACGGUAAGCAUUACUGCCGUGUACUGGGGAUGCAGGUGCAACUGUCUGACUCCGAUUGCACUGUGAUCCGAUCUGGCGUUCUCCAGACGCUACUGAGCCCACUACCGCACAAAAAGGAUGUACAGACGGAGAUAGCAGUGGUUACAUCCGCAAUGACGGAGGUGACAGAAUGGAAUCAAUAUAUCUCCCAAAUCAUUGGGCAAAAUAACUAUCUCCUGGAAGCUAUGAGGUCGCGACUAGAAAUGCUCCACGACGCAUCUCGGCUGAUCUCUUUGUCUGAGCCUGAAUCAUCUUCUUUGCGCCCUCCAAGAGGGGAGUCUUCUCUCACGUCACAGGAGACAAAUAUUGAAGUAGUGUCUGUUGGCUCAAGUGGACCUACUGCAAUUGUCGAUAAUGACUCGCAAAAGAACGACACGAGUGUGGUUCAGUCCACUGAAGGAGAUCAUGACACCCUGGAAAACAGUCAAGUUCCCUGGGAUGGCAGUGACGCUGAGUCGAUAUAUACAGAGACAGUCGACCUCACAACUUUACCAGUGAAUAACCGUGUUCGCUGGUCAGCGGAAGAAGAAAACCGCCUGCUACCGUGGCUUGACACUCGCAGUCAUUUAACUUGGUCUGAAAUCGAGAGAGAAUAUUGUCGCGAGUUUAAUAUAUACAGAGCAGGAUCUGCGUUGAGGACUAAAGCACGCCGCUUACGAGGAAGAGGACCCCAUAAUGUUACUAAAUUGCGGAAUCGUCCAGGUCGACGAAGGAAUACACUUUUGGUUUCCCUACCUUUGGCACGUCGAUAUACAUCACCGAACAGCUUGCAGCAAGAAUCAACUUUACAUGCACCAAACACACUACCUGGACAGAAGGCUCCAGCUGAAUGUACGACUCAGUCAGACUCUAGGAGCUCGAUUGCUGCCCAGCAGCGGCAACAAAAUAUGAUAUUCAACACUCUCCAGCAAGACGGCCGCAGCAUGACGGAGCUUUCUCAGUUGACAGUCUACUAUCUUAAGCCGUACCAAGCAGCAAAACUACGGCAUGAGCUGAUGUGCUAG